AUGGGCGGAAGCAAGGGCAAAGCGCCCCAGCGCCGAGCUCAACCCGGGAGACCAGCCUCAGCCGAGCGGGAGUCCGGGUCCGCCAGCGCCGAUGGCGCCCCAAGCCGGGACCGCAGACCUGCCCGCGGCAAAGCCCGCAAGACCAAGCCCGCUACGGAGCUUGAGGCCACCGGAGGCAAGGGGAACGCUGGAGGCCACAGGAAGCCCACCGGAGAGGGGAACCACCGCAGCAGAAAUGCAGAAACUGGGACAUCACAGGAGGGCCAGGAGAGGCAGGGCUGCUCGGAGCAUCUGGGACACGGACCCACAGAGAGCCAUGAGCCCGGGGACAGUUGUGCGGAGCACACGGAGGAACAGAGAAUCCCCGGGAAAAAAGAGCGGACAGGCAAGCGCGGCCGUCGCAAGAGAGGAAAGGAUCGGGGACCUUCGACUCGGCGAGGCCAUGGAGAGACUCCUGUCAGGGAUGGAGACACGUCCGGCGGGGAUGGUGGCAGCUCGUGCCUGGACAGUGAAGCACGCGAGGCCCAGGACAGCAGCAGCCAGGGUGGUGGAGCCCCGGAGCGGCCACCCAAGAUGCAGCCUUCCGAUACCAGCUCAGAAGGCGCCCCAGUCAUAGGAGCCAGCUCAACUCUGGUGCAGGGUAAACGUCCUGGCAGCAACCAUCCAGGGAGCGAAGGACACGCCUUGCAGCUCCAGAGCAGGGAAGGCUCGGAGGGGACAGGGCCUCAGAGAGCGAGUGACGAUUCCCGGACAGAUACAGACUCGAGCUCCGGGUGGGCUGGGCACAGACGUCUCCCACUGAAGAUCCCAGGAACCUCAAGCGGCAUCCCUGAGUCCCAGGAGACAGAGCUGGGCAGGGAGGCUGCAGCCUCCAGGGUCCCCAGGGGCUCUCAGAGUCCUCGGGACUCUAGCGCGAUCGUAGACACCAGUGUCGUCGGGGCGCAGCCCAAGGCUGAGCUGCUGGGUACUGAGCCUGAGGCAGCGGAGGUUCCCGGGGCUGUCCAGGAACUCGGAGAGGUGGCGAGGAAGGUGCAGGUGCCUGCGGGCGAGAGCGACGCGGGAGCCGAAGAGCAAGUGGGUGCAGGGGACCCAGGACCCCGGGACCGGACGCCGCUGGCCGCCCUCGUGGUGCUCCGCAGGCUGCGCCGGAGGCCACCAACAGGCGCGUCUCCCCAGCUCGCCGGUGGCAUCCGCGUGGGUCUCAAGGCGCGGCUGCAGCGCGUGGCUCGGGCCCUGGGCUUCCUCGGCUGGCUGCGCCUGCGGAUGGAGCGGCGUCGGGCGGAGGCGCGCGCCACGGGCCCGCGGGAGCGCGGCCGCGAGAGGGCGCUCGAGGCGCGGGGCGGGGCGCCCGGGCCACGGCGCUGGCUGGCCUUACGCCUGGCCUGCCGCCUGGUGGGGCUCCGGGGAACGCCGCGGGCUCCCCCUGGCGGUGGUCCGAGCCCUCCACAGGCUCUGAGUAGCUCAGUCUCUGAGGAUGCAUCAGCCAUCGAGGGUCCAGCUCCAGAUCCCAAAUUUGCAGUGGUCUUUCCCCGGAUCCAUAAUGCGGGGAAGGAGUCGGUCAGCAGCAGUUCAGGAACAUCCACGGACGCCCCCACUGGUGAAGGCCGCGUUUCGUCUCCUGCUGGGACUGCAGAGGAUAGAGAGGAGUCAGAGGCUAAUGGAGAAGGGGUGGUCAGGUCCCAUCAGACUCCCUGCUUUUUCCCGUCUGCCCCCAAUGGGACCCCACCGGACGAGAACCGAAGCGAAGCAGAGCCAGAAACCUUGGAAGCUAAGAAAGGGGUGCACUGGGCACAGGACGAUAAUCCCUGCGAAGGUCCAGAACUUGGCGCUGAUACUCUGCUACCUCAGCUCACUCUGGAGACUCGCCUGCGGCAGAAUAUCCCCUGCCGGUCACCAAGGGAGCGGUGGGAGCCAGAGGAUGACGCCGAGGCAGCAAGGGAGCGGUGGGAGCCAGAGGAUGACGCCGAGGCAGCGCUUGAAAGGGACCUGGAGUUGAGCCUCCAGAAGGACCUAGAGAUGGCACCCUUUCUAGGUGCUAAGACCAGGAGUCUCCCAGAGGGCCUGGAAGACAUUGAGGACCUCGCCAGGCUGCGGCUGGUGUGUGACAGCUCUGUGCUGCUAUGCCUCAAGAAGAGGUUCCACCUGGGCCGCAUCUAUACUUUUGGGGGACCCCUUCUGCUUGCUCUGAACCCCCACAAGCCCCUGCCUCUCUUCUCAUCAGAGGUCUUGGCCAGCUACCAUCCCAGGAAGGCCCCAAACACCACACCACACAUCUUUGCCAUCGGGGUAGCAGCCUAUAGCCUGUCUCAGAGCUCUGGAACGGACUCCUGCAUCCUCCUGGGGUCUUCCUCCUGCAGGGGACACAGUGGCUCAGGGAAGACAGAGGCUGCCAAGAAGAUUUUGGAGUUUCUAAGCAGCAUAGGGCAGAAGCCGAUGGAGGCCAACCGGGCACAGCUGCAGGACAUACUGCCCGUACUCGGCAGCUUUGGCCAUGCCAAGACCAUCCUCAAUGCCAAUGCCAGCCGCUUCGGCCAGGAGAUAUGCCUCUGCCUGCAGCAGGGGGUUAUCGUAGGAGCCUCUGUGUCCCACUAUCUGCUUGAGACCUCCAGAGUAGUGUUUCAGGGCCGAGCCUGCAGGCUCCAGGGCAAGGAGGAUGCCCAGGGCUUCAAAGAGCUGGUGAAGGCCCUGAGGGUGCUGGGGCUGUGCACAGAGGAGCUGACUGCAGUCUGGGCUGUCCUGGCCACCAUCCUGCAUCUGGGCAACAUCUGCUUCUCUUCUUCAGAGCGGGAGUCCCAAGAGGUGGCUGCUGUAUCUAGCUGGACUGAAAUCCACCUGGCAGCCCGGCUGCUACAGGUGCCACCAGAUCGUCUAGAGGGGGCAGUCACCAAGAGAGUCACGGACACACCCUACGGCCGGGUCUCCAGAUCUCUGCCAGUGGAAGGUGCCAUUGAUGCCAGGGAUGCCCUGGCCAAGACCCUGUACACAAGGCUCUUCACCUGGCUUCUGGAGCAGAUCAGUGUGCGGCUGUCCCCGCCAAGGGAGGCAGACAGUGUGGCCACCAUUGCUGUUGUGGAUGCCUUUGGCUUUGAGGCGCUGCGGGUGAAUGGCUUAGAGCAGCUAUGCAGCAAUCUGGCCAGCGAGCGCCUGCAGCUCUUCUCCAGCCAGAGGCUGCUGGCCCAGGAGGAGGCGGUGUGCCAGCGGGAGCUGCUGAAGUGGGCGCCCAUUCCCCAGCCUCCAAGGGAGUCCUGCCUGGAUCUCCUGGUGGGCCAGCCCCAUAGCCUCCUAAGCAUCCUGGACACCCAGACCUGGCUAUCCCAGGCCACAGACCACACCUUCCUCCAGAAGUGCCACUAUCACCAUGGUGACCACCCGAGCUACGCCAAGCCUCAGCUGCCCCUGCCGAUCUUCACGGUGCGGCACUACGCUGGAACUGUCACCUACCAGGUGCACAAGUUCAUAAGCAGGAACAGGGACCGCCUGGACCCUGCCAUGCUGGAGCUGCUCAGACAGAGCCAGCUGCAGCUCAUGGGCAGCCUGUUCCAGGAAGCAGAGCCCCAGGCUGGGACUGAGCAAAGCAAACCCACAUUAGCCUCUCGAUUCCAGCAGUCCCUGGGUGACUUGGUAGCUCGGUUAGGCAGGAGCCAUGUUUCCAUCAUCCACUGUGUCAACCCCACCCCUGGGAAGCUCCCAGGCCUCUUCGAUGUGGGACACGUGGCAGAGCAGCUGCGUCAGGCUGGCAUCCUGGAGGUCAUAGGCACGCGAAGUACCCACUUCCCUGUACGAGUGUCCUUCCAAGUCUUUCUGGCAAGGUUCCGGGCUCUGGGGUCAGGGAGACAGAAAGCUGUCUCUGACCAGGAGAGAUGUGGUGUCAUCCUCAGUGACGUGCUGGGGGCAGAGUCACCGCUCUAUCAUCUUGGAGUCACCCAGGUCCUCCUGCAGGAGCAGGGCUGGCAGCAGCUAGAACAGCUGUGGGCUCAGCGGCGCUCACAGGCCCUGCUCACUCUGCACCGUGGCCUCCGAGCCUGUAUCACCCGGCAGCGCCUCCGUCUCCUGCCCCGGAUGCAGGCUCGUGUGCGUGGACUCCAGGCCAGGAAGCGAUAUCUCCGGCGGAGGUCAGCUCUGGGACAGCUCAACACCAUCCUCCUAGUGGCUCAGCCCCUGCUCCGGAGAAGACAGAAGCUACAGUGUUCCCGUGGUCGGCAGAGAGGGGAGCCCUGGGGGAAAACGUCAAAUAUGGACCUGGGGCGCUUGGAGAUCCCAGCCCAGCUGGCUGCUCUGCUGGAGAGGGCGGAAGACCACCAGGCCAUGCUGACCGGGAGCAUCACAGAGUGCCUGCCACCUGAGGUUCCAGCCCGGCCCAGCCUCAGUCUCCCUCCAGACAUUGACCAGUUUCCCUUCUCCAGUUUUGUGUUGACCAGCUUCCAGAAGCCAUUUCUGCCUCAACCAGGGCAGCCACUGGAUGAGCCCCUGACACGGUUGGAUGGCGAGAACCCUCAGAAGGCUCUGGAGAUCAAUAGGGUGAUGCUGCGUCUCCUCGGGGAAGGAUCCCUGCAGUCUUGGCAAGAGCAAACCAUGGGUACAUUCCUGGUGCAGCAGGCACAGCGCCAGCCGGGCUUUCGAGAUGAGCUCUUCAGCCAGUUGGUGGCCCAGCUGUGGCGCAACCCGGAUGAGCAACAGUGUCAGCGUGGCUGGGCCCUAAUGGCUAUCCUGCUCAGCUCUUUCCCCCCUACACCUGCCCUGGAGAAGCCGCUGCUCAAAUUUGUAUCUGACCAGGCCCCCAGUGGCAUGGCAGCCCUGUGCCAGCACAAGCUGUUAGGUGCUCUCGAGCAGACACCGCUGGCUCCCAUGGCCUCAAGGUCCCACCCACCCACACAACUUGAGUGGAAGGCUGGAUUGCGGCGGGGCCGCAUGGCGCUGGAUGUGUUCACGUUCAACGAGGAAAGCUACUCCGCAGAAGUGGACUCCUGGACCACGGGAGAGCAGCUUGCAGGCUGGAUCCUACAGAGCAGAGGCCUGGAGGCGCCCCCUCGUGGCUGGUCUGUGUCACUGCAUUCUGGGGAUGCUUGGCAGGACUUGCCUGGCUGUGACUUUGUGUUGGACCUGAUAGGCCAGACUGAGGACUUGGGAGACCCAUCUGGUCCCCACAACUACCCCAUCGCUCCUCUUGGUUUAGCUGAGAACAUCCCUCCAGCCCCUGGUGUCCAGGCUCCACCUCUGCCCCCAGGACUCCCUCCAGGUCCAGCCCCAGUACUGCCUAGCAGCGGCCCUCCAGGUGAGGUCAGGAAGCUGGGGAACCUGGAUGGUUUCUUGGACCACCUCUUUGAGCCAGCCCUCUCCCCAGGCUUCAGUGAUCUGGAACAAGGCUGGGCCCUGAACAGACGCAUGAAGGGAGGGGGCUCUAUUGGGCCCACCCAGCAGGGCUACCCCAUGAUGUACCCAGGUAUGGUGCAGGCACCCAACUACCAGCCAGCUAUGAUACCCGCACCGAUGCCCAUGAUGCCAGCCAUGGGCACAGUCCCAACCAUGCCAGCCAUGAUGGUACCGCCCCAGCCACAGCCUCUGAUGCCCAGCUUGGACACAAGGCAGCUGGCAGUACAGCAGCAAAACUUCAUCAACCAGCAGGCGAUGAUUCUGGCCCAGCAGAUGACCACCCAGGCCAUGAGCCUGUCCCUGGAGCAGCAGAAUCAGAGACGCCAGCACCAAGCUCAGGCCUCUGAGGCUGCCUCUCACCCUCCACCCUCAACCAUUGCUCCCAAGGUCAAGAAGCCUCCUGCUCCCCAAGAGAAGCCAGAGAAUAACCUAGAACCUUUGGAUGUUUACUUGAGAGACACUCCAGAGGAGGCUGAAAGCAGGCCUCAGCGCCCCAAGAGCUUCCAACAGAAACGGGAUUAUUUCCAGAAGAUGGGGCAAGAGCCAAUCAAGGUGAAGACGGUGAAGCCUCCAGCCAAGGUUCAGAUCCCCCAGGAGGAGACAGAGGAGGAUGAGGAGGAAGCAGCGGGUAGUGUUCAAUUGUCUUCUCUCUUCCUGGCAGAGGUGUCCCCUCCUCCUCCUCCUCCUCCCCCAGUGGUGAAGAAGCCGCUGAGACAAAGUCAGCCCAAAGCUGUAAAGGAGGAUGAGGUGGAACCCGCACAGGAGGAAAGCUCCAACCCCACACCUCAGCGCCCCAAACCCAGCAGGGCUCCCACAGUGCAGAGCUCCAACCCCACACCUCAGCGCCCGGAACCUAGCAGGGAAAUCCGCAACAUCAUCCGCAUGUACCAGAGCCGCCCGGGGCCUGUGCCCGUGCCUGUACAACCCAGCAGACCCAUUAAAACUUUUCAGAAGAAAAACGACCCUAAGGAUGAGGCUUUGGCUAAGUUGGGAAUAAAUGGCACCCGCUCGCCCCCAUCGACAUCGCCCAACCAAGGGAAGGGCUCUCCACCAGAUGUGGCUCCUCGAUCCAAGGCUCAACCUCGCCUUGAGCCCUCCAUAUCCAUCCAGGAAAAGCAGGGACCCCUUCGGGACUUGUUUGGCCCAUGUAACCCAAACCCACCUGUGGCUCCAGCACCCCCGCCCCCACCAGCCCUCCCACUACCUCUGCCUGAGGAGCCCAAGACCCCUUCAGUGGAGUCUCGUGCCUUGACAGAGCCCAUGGAGGACACGGGCAUCUCCACAAAGCUCCUUGUGCCCUCCGGAAGUGUGUGCUUCUCCUACGCCAACGCACCCUGGAAGUUGUUCUUACGAAAGGAGGUGUUCUACCCCCGGGAGAACUUCAGUCAUCCAUAUUGCCUCAAUCUCCUCUGCCAGCAGAUCCUGCGGGACACCUUCACAGAGUCCUGCACCCGGAUCUCACAGGAUGAGCGGCACAAGAUGAAAGGCCUUCUGGGAGAUUUGGAGUUGAGCCUGGACUCCCUUGACAUUGCUGAAGAGAGCAUCAAAAAACGCGUCGUGGUUGCUGCUCGGGACAACUGGGCCAAUUACUUCUCACGCAUCUUCCCAGUCUCGGGGGAGAGCGGCAGUGACGUGCAGCUUCUGGGUGUGUCUCACCGGGGACUGAGGCUGCUGAGGGUAACCCAAAGCUCGAGCUUCCACCUGGAGCAGCUGAAGACACUCUGCUCCUACAGCUAUGCUGAGGUCCUGGCUGUGCAGUGCAGGGGCAGAUCCACCCUGGAGCUGUCCCUGAAGAAUGAGCAGCUGAUACUGCACACAACCUGGGCGAGGGCCAUCAGGGCCAUGGUGGAACAGUUUCUGAGUGAGCUCAGGAAGGACUCUGGCUAUGUCAUCGCCCUGAGAAGCUAUAUCACCGAUGACAACAGCCUCCUCAGUUUCCAUCGUGGGGACCUCAUUAGGCUACUGCCGGUGGCCACUCUGGAACCAGGCUGGCAGUUUGGCUCUGCUGGGGGCCGCUCAGGACUCUUUCCUGCUGACUUGGUGCAGCCAGCGGCUGCCCCCGACCUCGCCUUUUCCCUGGGAAAGAGAAACAGCUGGCAGCGCAAGAGUAAGCCAGGGCCAGCUCAGGAGGUGAGGAAGACAGAAGAGCGCCCCGCCCAUCCCAGGAAACAAGAACCCCUCGAAGACUCGGAGGCCACCUCCCUUACAUCCUGCAGCUCUUUGUCUGCUGACUCUCACAACUACACCAUGCAGGAAUUUGCCCUGCGCUACUUCCGGAAGCCUCAUACCUGGCUGACCCAGAUGAGUGGAGAUACCAAAAGGACGGCUGUCCUCAACAUGAUCCAGUACACUAAGGACCCCAUCCAGGAAUCCCUCACCAGCUUCUGCAGUGAGGACACAAACAGUAAGGCUGUGGCUGGCUUCAAGGCUCUGAUGCAGUUUAUGGGGGACCAGCCUAAGCCCCGGGGCAAGGAUUCGCUCUCUCUGCUCUAUGAGCUGCUGAAGCUGUGCCAAGAGGACCUCAGGGACGAGAUGUACUGCCAGGUCAUCAAGCAAGUCACAGGACACCCCCAGCCAAAGCACUGUGCUCUGGGCUGGAGUGUCCUCAGCCUCUUCACGGGCUUCUUUGCGCCAUCCACCACUCUGAUGCCCUAUGUGACCAAGUUCCUGCAGGAUUCCAGCCCCAGCCAAGAGCUGGCCCAGUGGAGCCAGGAGAACCUCCAGCGCACAGUUAAAUACGGGGGACGCCAGCACCUGCCGUUACCUGGUGAAAUGCAUGCUUUUCUGAAAGGGCAUGCAGUUCGUUUGCUUGUAAUUCACCUGCCUGGAAGUGUGGACUACAGGACGAAUUCACAGACAUUCACGGUGGCGGGGGAAGUGCUAGAGGAGCUGUGUGGACAGAUGGGCAUCACAGACUCGGAGGAAGUGCAGGAAUUUGCCCUCUUCCUCAUCAAAGGGGAAGGUGAGCUGGUUCGGCCACUGUCAUCCCAUGAGUACAUCAACAAUGUGAUGACAGACCAGGACAUGAGCCUGCACAGCCGGCGGCUUGGUUGGGAGACCCCACUGCACUUUGAUCACCUCACAUACACCGAAAUCCACUAUGGCCAGGUGCUACGGGACUACCUGCAGGGCAAGCUGAUCGUCAGUGCCCAGGCGGAGGCUCUACUUGCCCAGCUUGCUGCCUUCCAACACCUCGACAGAACCAGCAGCACUCGUCCUCCGUCAGAGCAAGAGCUGCUGUCUUAUAUUCCCAAGACACUGCAAUGGCAGGUGAACACGGCCAACAUAAAGAGCUUGGUGAACCAGGAGCUGAGGCAGAUGCAAGGGUACAGCAAGGAGAAAGCACAGAUUGGCUUUCUCGAGACCACAGCCCAGCUGCCCCUCUUUGGCCACACUGUGUAUGUGGUACUCAAAGUGAGUAAGCUGGUCCUCCCUGGGCCAGUCCUCCUGGGGCUCAACCGCCAACACCUCGUCAUCAUGGACCCCAGCUCUCAGAAACUCUGUUGCUCCAUCAUCCUGAAAGACCUGCACCAGCUCCACCUGCUGAGCCCACUGAAGGAGGAUGGGCCCCCUGGCCUGGAACUCAAUUAUGGGCCUGCUGACAACCCCCAGACCAUCUGGUUGGAGCUGCCACAGGCCCAGGAGCUGCAUCACACCAUUGUCUUCCUGCUGGGCAGUCUGUCCACUCAGUGGCCAGGCCUCCUCUGA